AUGUUAGCCUGGUUUCCCCCAUUCCAAUCUCUCCGUCUCUCCCUCUCUCUGGCUGUGCGUCUCCAGGCGGAUCUGCGCAGUGCACGGCUGGAGGCAGCGAGGGCGAGGGCUGCUCUGGAGGCGCAGGAGCACAGAUGCGCUGGACUGAUGGAGGAUGUGAGUGCUGCUGGUAACGUGGUAACAGAGGUGACUUGUGAGUUUGACUUAAAGGCGAGCGCUGCUCUGGAAGCUCAGGAGCACAGAUGUGAGGCGCCUGGAAUCAGACAGGGCAGUCCUGAAGAAGCAGGUGGACGGGUUCGCAUCUCAGCUGCUCCCAUCCUCCCUUCUGCCCCCCUCCUCUCCCUGUCCCCCCAUUCGCGUGCUCGCUUUUCCUCCCCACCCCUCCUAACAACCUCUCAGGUGCGGCGCCUGGAGUCGGACAGGGCGCUCCUGAAGAAGCAGGUGGACGCGUUCACGUCUCAGCUGCACCCAUUCUCGCUGCUGCCCCUCCCCCGCCCUUCAUCUCCUCUCCCGUCCCCUCCGCACAUGACAUCCUCCCAGGUGCGGCGGCUGGAAUCAGACAGGACGCUGUUGAAGAAGCAGGUGGACGCGUUCGCGUCUCAGCUGCACCUCACCAACUCGCAGCUGGCUCAGGCGCAGGCGGCUCUGCAGGCAGCAGAGGAGCAGAACAAUGCGCACUCCAACCAGGCGCAGGCGGCUCUGCAGGCAGCAGAGGAGCAGAACAAUGCGCCCUCCAACCAGUCGGUGGAGCAGGCAGCAGCGCUGCGCAAGGCAGUGGAAGCUGCAGGCAUUGAGAGGGAUGCGGCUGUGCUUGCCAAGGAGGACCUGGCAUCACAGGUGCGGGUGCUGAAGAGACGACUUCAGGAGGCAGAGGAGGAGCAAUGCAAGGCAGAAGAGGCAUCGGCGGCGCUAGCAGCUGAGCUGAGGGCGCUGCAGCACUCAACAGAGGCCACAGUGGAUUGGGCAGGUGCGGCAUUUGCUCCCGACCCUGACCAGCUCAGGGUUGCUGAAGCUGCCAGAGAUGCCGCCAAGGCUGAGCUGCAGGACCUGCGCCAGGAACUGACAGGCAUGCGGCAGCAGCUGAUAGCGGAGAGGCAGAGGGCGGCAACGGCUACUGGAGGCAAGGAGGCUGUUGAGAAGCAGCUGGCAGUGGUGCAGGCAAAGCUGAAGGUGGGUGGGGCAAGGGGGAGGGGGAAGCUCUGGGAGGCAUUGGAAGCAGAGGAGAGGCUCAAGAUCCAUGCCAAGGUGGAGGUUCGACAAGAGGUGGAAGGGGACCUCAGGUCCGACAUCGAGGCUGAGGUUCAGCAGAAGCUGGAAGCGGAGGUCCGGGAAGCAGCUGAGGCUGAGACUCGGAAGAAAAUGGAAUCCGAGGUUCGGCAGGACGUCGAGGGGAAGGUUCGGAAAGAGCUUGAAACGGAGGUUCGGGAGAAGUUGAAGGCAGAGGUUCGGGAGGAGCUAGGAGCAGAAGCUGGGAGAAAUGCUGUGGAGGUCUUAAAGCCCAGCAGUCAAGGAUCGGUGGGAUCGGUAGAUGUGGGAACUCAAGUGAUAUCUGUGAGCGAGGAGGCUCGGAAAGAGAUUGAAGCAGCCGCUGUAGCUCGGAUGCGACAGGAAAUGGAAGAAGAGAUUCGGAAGGAGCUUCGGAACGAGUUUGAGAAGCAGAUUUGGGAAGAGGUGACUGAGAAGGUUCGGGAGGAGGUGCGGAAGGAGGUAGAAUUGGAGUUGAAAAAGUCUAAGGGCGAUUCUGAGGGUGCUUCGACUGCUUCUGCUGCUGGUGGAGCUGGUGGUGGAGUUACGGUUGAGAGUGGUGGAGAGGGUGUAGGGGACAAUGAGAGAACGGAGGUGGAGGGUAAAGGUGAAGAUGUGGGAGGUGGAGGAGAAAGAGAAGGAGCAGGAGCAGGGGCAGGAGAAGGGGCAGGAGCAGGGAUCGGAGGGGUGGGAGCAGGGGCAGGAGCAGGGGGGGGAGAAUUGGCGGGAGCAGGGGGAGGAGAGGCAAGUGAAGCAGUGGGGCAGUCUACUGAAGAGCUUGCACGAUUGAAGGAGGACGCGGAGAAAGCAGAGGAGGAGCGGGGUCAGCUGCAGCAGCAGUUGGAGAAGCUACAGGUGUCGCUGGCUAAGAAGGAGAAGGCACGGCUGAGACUGCUGUCUGAGGUGGAUUCCCAGUCGCUGCAGAUAGAGAGACUAUUCGCGGAGAAUUCAGGGCUGGCAGCGGGGCUCAAGGAGGUCUCUGCCAUUGCCGCCCGCUGGGAGGCUCAGGUGCGCGCAUGGCAGAAGCUGCAGAGCGAGCAGCAGCAGGAGCAGAUGGACAGCGGCAAAGGGGCAGCAACAGCAGCAGGUGCAGCAGCAGGAGCAGGAGCAGCAGCAGGAGCAGGAGCAGCAGCAGGAGCAGCCUCAUCAGCAGAAAAGGCAGGAGCAACAGGGGAGUUAUCAGGAGAAGAGAAAGGAGGGGUGGGAGGAACAGGAGCAGCAGCAGGAGGAGUAAGAGCAUCAGGGGCGGUGGGUCCGGGGUUAGGAGACACGGACACAGAGGCAGACACGGAUGAUCAAGAGCUGCCAGUCUCCACCUCCCCCAGACAGCACCUGGAGCUGCCACCAGUAAACACCUCCCCCAGGCAACUUCUGGAAGUGCCACCGUUUUCUGGUGCUGGGACCUCAGCAAGUGGGGAAGAGAAUGGGGAGGUGGUGGUGGGUCUGCAGGGGGAUGGCGUGAAGAUGGAGGGGUCAGGAGCGGUGGAAGGUGGUGGAGAGGAAAGGGCAGGGAAGGAGGAUGGGGAGAAGGAGGAGGUCGGGGAUGGGGCUAGAGGUGGGGAGGAUGGGGGAGUGGGACAGAGGAGGGGAGUGGGUGUGGAGGUGAUUGGAGGGAAGUCUAUGGAAGUUCUGGAGGAAGAGAACAGGAAGCUUAAGGACGAACUCACCGCCGCCCAGCACCGCAUCCGCCAGCUGUCAGUGCAGGCACUGCGCUCCGAUGCCAGUUGCACCACGGCGGUGCAGAGGCUGUCCCAGACCAAGCGGAUGUAUGGCCCUCUGUUGAGCAGCAUCGAGCAGAAGCUUCUCCAGUACAAGCAGGAAGCUUCCCUGCAAGGUCAUGUGUGA